AUGGAGGUCUUCACGGCGAGGGGCCAAGAGGAUACUCUGACACCUCUGGAGAGGAAGACAUGGGACGUCCAUGUGGCCCAAAAGUUGUGUGAUUGGACGCCGGAGGCCAACGAACUCUCGGACACUCACUGGUUUGAUGCACCCGCAUGGUUUGGCCUGAUUUCCAUACCACCUGACAACUUCACUCGGAAAGGCCUGAGGACGCGUAAGCAAGGUCCGGCAGACCAGCAGGUCAUGCAGCUGGAAUUCUCAAGCAAGACUGUGCAAUUUUGGGCCUGGCUGCUUGGCCGCCUCAUCAUGCUACUCGAAUCUGAUGCCACAGAAGCCCAGAGGAUGAAGGAGAAGGAGAACAUGCUUGGAUUCAAGGAUGCAGUUGCCAGAGUCUCAGACCAAUGUCUGAUGUUGUUUCGAUAUAUCUAUUGGAAGGCCGACAUUGUAAAGACCCUCUUGACAAAGACUACACUGGCCUCGACAUUUGGCAAGCUGCCUCGCAAUGUGGAAGGUAGUCAGAAUGUGUAUGAUUGGAACGAGUCCGAUGACUUAUCACCACAACCUAGCGAAUCUGUUGGACAGCGCGUCUUACGGCACUUGAAGGCCAUCGUUGCAUGGCAUACUGCCAUAGGAACACUUUGUUCGCCCGAAAAUUCCCAGUUUACUCGUGGCAAACUUACCUUUGGUUUGCUUGACGUUCCACAUUGCGGCUUUGAAAUUGCCACCUUGGAUGAUAUCUACGAAGAAUACUUCAAGAGGUAUGACUCGGACUCGGAGGCUCACAAAGCUGUGGUCAAAUCUUUUAUGAAAACCUAUCUUCCACAAGCCUUCCCCGGCACCAUCCAUGCGGAGUCUACAUUGAUGAGCCUUGUCUCAUAUUUCUCGGCUUCUAACCGUUACCAUGCUGCUCACGACAUCCCUCUUCCUGAUGGUCAUGUCAUGGCUCUGCGUAACUUGCUCGAACCGGCAACCAUUAAUGGUGCCAUUGCAUUGAACAAGAAGUGUUGUUUGUGUUGUUGGCGUUUUCGCUUCCAGCUCUCGAUGGUCAAUGGCGUGAGAUGCAAGUUGCCAGGCUCAAACGGCGUGAUAUAUCCGUGGAGUCCUCCUCGUGUCGGUGUCGAUCUCAAGGUACUCCUUGAACUGGAGAAUAGCUUUUGGACAGAUCUACAUACUCGAGUCCUUGAAAUUCGCUAUUCUGCACGUAAUUUCUGAUUCAGCACCUCCUCGUUCACUCGACAAUUCACCUCCAGUUUAUCUUUUACAGUAUUUCUAGUGUCUUGGCGUCCAUCAUAUGUGUAGCUAAUGAAAGCCAACUGCGUUGCCAUGAUAUCAUGAUAUGACGCCAUCCUUUGAAUUCAAUUAU